AUGCGCAUCUGCAUGAGGUAUACGAUUUCCUGCACGGUGCUCAACAACAAAAUCAAGUUCUUUGAUCUCAAGAAUCCAUCGUGCGACUCUAGGCCCAUCAUUCAGUCGCAAUCGAGUGGACCCUCAGUAAAUGUCAAGGAUAAUAUAGCGACAAACAACAAAAAACCAGAUUUGACACCGUACCGUACCGGAAAGGACAAUGCUGUUAACGAUGAUAAAUACAAUGAUGAAAAUGAUGAUUACAACGACGUUAAUGAUGACUACUCCGAAGAUGACGAUAAUGAUGAUUACAACGAUGAUAAUGAGAAUGACGAUUACGAAGAUGAUGACGACGAUGCUGAAAACCAAUGA